AUGCACUCCCUGUUCGUGAAAUUUCACAAGGUGGCAGGCACCACGUGGCAACUCUACCUCCUCAGGAUGAUCGGUGAGUAUUACGACUGCAGCUCGCUCUGCGGGAAUCCGGACUGGGUUUGUGAGCAGAAAGCAGGGCCGAAUUCUCCCGAAGCUGCAAGCUGCAAAGGCCAAAGCGAUUCCUGGGCAGCUGUCCCAUUCUGCCAGGAUCCCCGCCCCCGCAGCUGCACGGCUCAUCCCAGCACCGAUGUCAUUCGCGAAGCAGUGUCAGGACAGACGUUGGCAGUUGCGAACUCGGACCUGUCCGAUUUGCGGAACCUCUACUCUGACGAGAAGCGAUUAGAGCUGCUUGCGAGAGUCCCGUGGGCUCGCAGUUGGUUGCCAUCCACCUUCAUCCAGAAACGCGUGAGGCUCACCACCAUCCUUCGCGAGCCCACAGAACGACUCCGUUCAUAUUAUUAUUACGACAAUGCUUACUCGUCACGUGAAGGCUUUGGUGGAUUCCUUAGAUUCUGCAGGGACUAUGUCGCCGGCAAUUGGACGUUGGAGCAGUUUGAGCGUCAGAAGUCGCUCUUCAGAGGUGCCAAGUCCCUGGCGAUUUUACGGCGAUCCUGCUGCGAGUAUGAGAGAUAUUUGGGUGAAGAAUCGCUUGAGAAAUCCCUGGUCACGCUCUCCACCAUGUUUGACCUGGUGGGACUGCAGGAGAAGAUGGAUGAAUCCUUGGUAACAUUGGGCAGGUUGUAUGGCCUUACACCACAUGAGGUUGCAGAAAUUGGUCGAAGUGUACCACCUGACUGUAACAGCAACAGUGACAAGCUGGACUGGACCGAAGAAGAGCUGAGGCUGGCCGGGUACGUGUCCAGCAAGAGCCUGGAAAUUUACAAGCUUGGCCAACAGCUGUUCAA